AGGGUUAGCAGUUGCUGAAGGGGAGGAAGGGCACCGCCGGCCGGUGUGAGUAAUACUAGAAAGAGCCGAGUCCAAGGUGGGGAUUACAAAUCCGAUGGAGGUCAAUCAGUCGGGGCGUGCAGUACGCCGGCGGUAGAUGAUCCACGUUGCUCGCUCUUCGCUUUGCCCAUUGUAUGCACGUCCCCUCCGGUUCCGCCCUGCCCUGCCCUGCCCUGCCCCGGGAACCGAGGCCGACCCACUCGCCUCCCUCCUCCGCCGGGUCCGGCCUCCCCGACCCCGCCAGACGGAGAGAGAAAAAAACCGGGGCUGGUGGAAAAAAAAACGCGGCGCACUCGAACUUGCUUCUGAUUGACGGCGGAAUUCCAGCCAACGAGAGACUAAGCCCAUGUCGGUGCUCCAAUCAGGAAAUCCGGUAGGCGGUGCCGUCCCCGCUCGGCCCCGCCCCUAGUUUGGAUGCGGCGCGCAGCCGAAUCCCACCCGGAUUGUGUGUUUAUUGCUUUUUCCCUUUUUAAAAAUCCCCCCCCUGCGGCUGAUUUGCAUAUUUUGGGAAGUUUGUACUCUCACCCUUCCGAGAAAGGGGAGAGGAAGAGACACCAGGAUCUGUGUUUUGCUCCCCCUACCUCCGUGGAGUUUGUACAUGAGGGAGAAAAGAAGAGUCGUCACAGCGAAGGCGGCAUGGACAGAGCAAGGGAAUAAAGUGUGUUGAAGAUGUCCAAGAAGCCUCCGAGUAGGCGGGGUAUUACGUUUGAAGUGGGUGCUCGCCUCGAGGCACGAGAUCGACUGAAGAAAUGGUACACGGCGCACAUAGAGAAGAUUGAUUAUGAGGAGGGAAAGGUGUUGAUUCACUUCAAGCGUUGGAACCAUCGGUACGAUGAGUGGUUCAGCUGGGAUAGCGUGUACCUGCGACCCCUGGAAAGACCCCUCCUGCGGAAGGAGGGGGCCAAACUGGACGAACCAACCGUGGAGUUCCGGCCCAGUGAGCAGGUGCUGGCGUGUUGGUCAGAUUGCAGGUUUUAUCCAGCCAAAGUCAUUUCAGUCAACAAGGAUGCUUCUUACACAGUCGAGUUCUAUGAUGGAGUUGUUCAGAAUGUGAAGAAAAUCCACGUCAAGUCCAUUCCUAAAUCCUCCCGGGAGAAGAAUGCAGCGAGUGGGCGGAACAAGGAGAACGGUUCCGGGGGUGGCCGGCGAAGGGAGAGGUUCAGGAAGAGCUCGCCGUCUCUCGUUGGUCAGCAGACCGGCGAAGGCAAGCUGGCCGAGAAGGAUGGGAGGGAGGAAGAGGCCAAGCCUGUCCAGAAGGAGAUGGAGCAGGGGCAGCGCAAGUCGCCCCAGGAACUGGCCGCGGAGCCAAAGACGGCAGCGAGCUCUCUGCCGCCGGGGACCCCGCCCCCUGCCCCGCAGCCCCAGAAGCCAGAGGAAAAGCGGAAACGCGGGAGACCCCCUUCCUCCGGGCACGCAGGUAGCCAUUCUAAAGGGGCAGCCUCCCAGGAUCGCCGGUUACUGCCAUCGCGUCAAGGGGGCACCGGAACGGGGAAGAGGAAAUGUGCCUCGGCUGCCUCGAUGCUGUCCAAGCAAAUGAAGUUCAGCAAAGCCUCGGACCAGGGUCCACCCACAGGCAGCCAGGGGCAGAAUAGGAGGCGGUCCUUGCGUCUUGCUUCUGGUGACAGCAACCCAUCAACCACAAACACACCCAGUGAUGGAGUGGAGCCCCGAGGCAAAGCAAAGGAGCCCGAGAAAGCAGAGGAAGCCGCAGCAGCGUCCGAGCCCCCAGCCGAGGCCCAGCAAGCCCCUGCUAUCCAGGCCCGGUGUUCCCCCGAAGCUCCGGCCACCCCUUCGGCGCCCGAAGUCGCUGCUGCCGCUCCGGAGCCCCAGGCCAAAGAGGCAGCCAAAGCAGACUCCCCCGAGCCAAGCGCUGAGCCGAGAGAGGCUCCACCUGAAGCUGCUCCUGUUGUGAAGCGUGUGCCUCGAUCCCAGAACCCAAACAGAUACAGUAGGGAACCCUUAACCAAUGCUGCCCAGAGCCCUGAGGAACAGCUCCCACCCAAGGCGUUGAUCAUUGACCUGGACCACAACAAGUUCAAGUGCAAGAUUGCCGAGUGCUCGAAGGCGUUCCGCAAGGCCAAGAUGCUGCACUACCACAUGAAGUACUACCACGGUAUUGAGAAGGCAGAGUCGGAGCAGGGGUCCCCCAAGCGGAGCAUGCAGACCCGCGGCUCCUGCCCCUCGGAAACCGAGUCGCUCCUGGACAGUCCCAAGAGACGCCGCACCACCUCGGGAUCCUUGCAUGGGUCCCAGAGCACGUCCCAGCGGGACACCCCAUCGUCCAGCGUUGACCUGAAAGCCGCGAAGCUGAACGAGAAGAGGCGCAUUUCAGCCCCGUCCUCCCUUGAAUUGUCUGCUCAGACCAGGCUGUCCCUGCGGGACAAGAGCAAGGACAACCAGGUGGAGAGGUCCCACAGGAGGCUGCAGGAUCGGGAAAGGGGCUUCGUGGACAGUGGAACGAAAGAGAGGACCAAGGAGAAAAAGCUACGAGAUUUCCUCAAGGUUAAACUGAAGAAAAAGAAAAAAAAGAAAAAGAAAGUGAAGUCUGUCUUUUACAGAAAAAUACAGAAAUACAGUAGAGUUUAUGAAAACCUGUACGUAAAGACUGACAAACAAUGUGCAGAAGAAGACGAAGUUUGCAAGUAUAAAACUGAUGCCGAGAACAUGAGUUGUCAAGUCUUUGAAAAGUUUUCUGACAGUGAAGAGAACAUAGAUGUCUCCAGAGAUUACCCACCCAAAAAAUCCACAUUCCUUUCAACCAGAUCUUCCUCCUCUUACAAAUUUCCUUUCUCCCAUAAAUACACAUCCUUAUGCAGUUCUGACUCGGGAUACCACAUGGAUGGACUGAAAUUUGACGAUGUUUCAGAUGACGACCCCACGAGCGACUCGUCCACAGACAGUCUCCUCUGGAGUGACGACGACUACAAUCAGGAUGUAGAUGUAACCACGAAUCCUGACGACACCGGGGACGGCGAAGACAGCCAGCUGGAGAUUGUGCGCUGCAUCUGUGAGGUAGAGGAGGAGAACGAAUUCAUGAUUCAGUGUGAGGAGUGUCUGUGCUGGCAGCACGGUGUCUGCAUGGGUUUGCUGGAAGAUAGCGUUCCCGAGAUCUACACCUGUUACAUGUGCCGCGAUCCGCCAGAGCACCGCUUGAGUUCUCGCUACUGGUACGACAAGGAGUGGCUGGCCAGUGGCCACAUGCAUGGCCUGGCCUUCCUCAAAGAGAAUUAUUCCCACCAGAACAGUGGCAAGAUAGUGGCCACGCACCAGCUGCUGGGAGACGUUCACAAGGUCAUUGAGCUGCUGCAUGGGCUGCAGCUGAAGAUAUACAUUCUACAGAAUAAAGAUCAACCAGACCUGAAACUCUGGUGCAAGCCUUGGCACGUUUCUCCCUCCACCAUCGAAAAGCUGUGGGAGAGGCAUCUGGCUCCCAGCGAGGACAGCAACAGCGGCCUCAGCACCAGCACCAGCACACAGGGAAGGACCCCUAACGGCACGGCUGAGCGGCAGGCCCAGAUGCCUGUCAUCGAGGAGUCCUAUAUCACCAGUGAGCAUUGCUACCAGAAACCCCGAGCCUACUACCCUGCCGCGGAGCAGAGGCUGGUGGUGGAGACCAGGAAUUCCUCCCUGGAUGAGGGCUUCGGCCGGAUGCGGGAAAACGGUGACGAGGCACUGGCUGAGAGGUUCGGGAGGAACGUUGAUGAAGAUUCAGGGCGGACUGACUUCGACCUUCGAGAGCAAGACAGCCUCUGUAAGGGUGAGAGUGGCACUGGCAAGGUUCGGGGUACUGAGUCAACGGCGGAAGUGCAGAACGAGGAGAGCCGGGGGCCGAAGGAGUCAGAGGAAGGGGGAGACAGUGACCCCCAGCUGCAGUGGCAGGUCAACCUGCUGGCGCACAUCGAGUCCUUGCAGGACGAGGUCUGCCACCGGAUGGACUUCAUCGAGAGGGAGCUGGAUGUAUUGGAGAGCUGGCUGGACUACUCCGGAGAGCUGGAACCUCCCGAUCCUUUGGCGCGACUGCCUCAGCUCAAGAACCGGAUGAAGCAGCUCCUCGCGGACUUGGGCAAGGUGCAGCAGAUUGCUUCCUACUGUCCUGUGUGAGCAGUGCUUCGAACACUCUCUCCCCAUCCACAGGUCACUCUCCCCUUGCGAGCCAGGACCAGCACCAGACGGAAGCGACUUGGGUUUGGUGCCGAUGUUCAAUCCGGACACCAGUUUGCAUUCUCAUUCAUGUUGCCUGACGUUUCUCGUCAGUUCUCGGAACCUUUCGAACCUUUCUAGGCUUUCCUGGAUAUCGGCGGAAGGAAGCGGGGAGCCUCGGCCUCGGUGGAGGGGGUGGUCUGUGAGCCACUCGUCAGCCAGCAUACGUCUCCCGCAUGCCGCGUGUUGCUUGGGUCCAGCUGUGUCUGAACUUGCGAUUGUGCCAGGCCGUCCAGGAGUGAUGAGAGGGAGGGAGGCUGGAAAAAUCACUGUAAAGAAUUUAGUACUUUCUUCAA